CCUCUCUGCUGUUGAGUUAAUGAACACAAUUGAAUGUUGGUUUCUUUUUCGUUAAAUUAAUUUUUCGUAAAUAAUUUUUGUUUUGGGCUGGAAAAUAUAAAGUUGGUGGAAGAGACGUUUAUUACUCUUUUUUUCAAAUUUUUUGUGGUGCGCUAAGUGAAUCAAGAAAAGUUUUUUUUGGAUGUUCAACAGUGACCUUGUGAUAAAUUGUUAACUCGGAUAUUUACACCUAAAAAAAAAAAACAAAAGUGAUCUCAAAACAGAAUCACAACAGUGCCAUUGGACGAACUGAAAAAGGAUUAUACAAAACCUCGAACUAAUUCAAUUCAAGUGGUAAAAAAUUACAUCAACAAAAAAGGAUAUAAUAACCGGAGGAUAUACACAAAACGUUUCCGGUGUACAUAAAUUAGGCGAAAUACAACAAAAAAUUUUACAAUUGGACUAAUUAGAGUAUAAUGGGGUGUAGAUCGCGAUUUCAUGUCGCGACGUUGAUAUUUGCAAUAUGUAUAUUAAAGAACGUCCAAUGCGAUGCACCGCUCGUCGACUCGGCCGCACUUCCAUUAGAACACAGAGGUGCAUACGGGCCACCGCCACCGCAAUCACCCAUUUACGGUGUACCUGGCCUGGAGCACACCAGUCACAAUGAAAUCGCCGACGAUUCCUGGCCACUUGGCUCACAGUCGAACGACAGUCCACAGAUCAAGCACUUGCAGGUUCAAUGCGAAAAGACACACAUGCGUGUCAAUAUCGAAUUCGAUCGACCAUUCUACGGAAUGAUCUUCUCCAAAGGAUACUACAGUGACCAGCAUUGUGUACACUUAAAGCCGGGAACUGGACAUUUAAGUGCAACUUUCGAGAUAUUCCUAAAUAGUUGUGGAAUGAGUAGUUCAGCCAAUCAUAAUGCCCAACAGUAUGGUGCGCCAACUCCAUCGGGUAGUUAUGUGGAAAAUACGAUUAUUAUCCAAUACGAUCCGUACGUUCAGGAAGUGUGGGAUCAGGCUCGCAAGCUUCGAUGCACAUGGUACGAUUUCUACGAAAAGGCCGUAACAUUCAGACCAUUCCAAGUCGAUAUGUUGCAUGCUGUUACGGCUAACUUCUUAGGUGAUAACCUACAAUGUUGGAUGCAAAUUCAAGUUGGAAAAGGACCGUGGGCUUCAGAAGUAUCUGGAAUAGUGAAAAUUGGCCAGACAAUGACCAUGGUUUUGGCAAUCAAGGACGACGAAAACAAAUUCGAUAUGUUGGUCAGGAACUGUGUCGCUCAUGAUGGCAAACGUGCUCCAAUACAAUUAGUAGAUCAGCAUGGUUGCGUUGUGCGACCGAAGAUUAUGAGCAAAUUCCAAAAGAUCAAGAACUUCGGACCCUCGGCGUCUGUAGUUUCAUUCGCUUAUUUCCAAGCCUUCAAAUUCCCUGAUUCGAUGAACGUUCACUUCCAAUGUGUCAUUCAAGUCUGUCGAUAUAACUGUCCCGAGCCGAAGUGUGGACAUGGUCCUAGCAUUGGUGGCGAAUACAGUUUACCGGGAUUAGCUGGUCCUUCAGGAGAAUAUGGUCCACCAAUAUUGCCAGAAUACGGUCCACCAGCUGCUUAUCCAGAUCCACGACAUCCCGCUGAUGCUUCCGGUGCUUUCUCUGAAAAUCAACCAGAUGUUGUACCAGCUCCACAAGCACAAACAUCACAAGGAACAUCGGAAAACAGCAAUAACGGAGCGGCAAGCUCGCCAGCUCCACAGUCAAAUAACAACGACGAUGACAUUAAUUUACCGCCACCACCACCACCAGGACGUUCCGGCUACAGCACAGUGACAAAGCGAAAAGACGAUUUGGGCGAUGGAGGCAAUUUAGCCAUGUUGGGUGGACGUCCUCGAUCUGUUGAAGGCUUGGACGAUUUGAGAGGCGUGCGUAGACGACGCGAAACAAUGGAAUUGGUAAUCACACCGCGCAUCUACAAGCGUGAAGCCCAAGAAAUGACUGAUGUCAAUACUAGUCGAAUUAUCCAAGUAGUUGCGCCAGGCGAUGUAAAUUUUGCGCUCAAUAAUGCCGCCAGCAACGAAACCGUUGUCAUCCAGUCGGCCAGAUCGGUUGAUUCGGAGACAAUAUGUAUGUCGGUUCCUAGUUUCGUUGGUGGAUUGGUGAUGCUGUUGUUGGUGUUGGCUGUUGCAUCGUUGGUAGCCGCAUUUUUGUUCGUUCGAGUGAGACAUUUCGACCGGAAAGGAGUCUCGAACGGAUUCAUGUCCGAAUUCGUCAAAGUCAAUUGAAGAGAGGGAGAGAAAGACGAGCUGUAGAUUUUCAAAUUCCUAACUUUUAAACAUUUUUUUGUUCUUGUUUAUUUUAAGUCUUUUGCGGUGGUAAAUGUUGUAGUUGUUCGUAGGGAACGAAUUUCUGAAUUGUGUCUUUAUGUGAAUAAACAGGCCGAUGGCGGGGAGGAACUUAAAUCAUACUUGGAACCGACGGUGACGAUAACGAAAAAAUUUAUUUAAUUUUAAGUUUAGUUUUAGGGGGAAUGGACGGACCAAUCGAAACAAACUAGAUCGAUUCUCGUGACGACACACUGAUUUAAUGGGGGGAAAACAAAACGGAAAAUGCCGAAGAUUGGAACGGAUCAAAUCUUUUUGUAGAUUUCUCAGGGAAUGAUGGAAAUAUUUUGUUUUACAAUUGUUACCUGUUCUAGCGUAUUACAGCAAUAUUAAGGUGUGGUUCAAGAAUGAACACUCUGUUUCCAUCAUCUAUUUUUUGUUUGGCUAAAGGACUAUUAUAGGGACACACACGGCGAUAAUGUAUUCGAGUCACAAUCCAGAAAUUCGAUAGAGAAUUUGGUAUUUUCUUUGUUCAAUGUAAAAAAAAUCAAAUUUAAAAAGAAAACGGUUAGAUCAAAUCAAUCAAUUGACCGGAACAAAAAAAGGAGUCUCACUUGAACAUAUGAAGAUAAUUAUUUAAGUCAAAUUGCCACAACGAUUACAAUGUCUACCGCCAACUAUAUCAUCCAGUUUUUUCAUCUCACAUCAUCCUAGGCUAGUUUUUUUGCUUUUAAUUUAUUUUAUUUAUAUUUUUCUCCUCAUCUUACCUGUUAUUUUAACCAAGAUUAGCGAUCCUACAACUAAAAUGCGCACACAAUCAACACACUCAUUAUAUCCCCACAUUUGUAUACCUCACCUUAAAUGAGAAAAAUUCACUUGAUUGAAUUAAAAUCAAUGUUCCAACGAUGAAUCUCUUGCUAUAUUUAUUUAUUGCUUUACUAAUUUGACGAAUAAAAAUGAACGAAGAAGGGAAGAAAAAAUUGCGAAGAAAAUUUUCGACUUAAUUUUUUUUUGUUAAAGGAAACCUCCAUUGCUUGGAAGGUUUCCUUCUUUGGGGGUGAUUUUUCUUAGAUUUUUCUUUUUGAAAUUGUAAACGAAUAUUUCGCAUAACGUAAAAUUGUUUAAAUAAAACAAACAAAGAAAAAA